UGAAGUACAUAAAGUGUUCAGCAAAGAGGAAGAGGUUAAUAUUUGUUCUGUGACAUAAACUAACCACACUUUCAGUUGUCACAAAUCAAACAUUUGAAACCAGAGACUAGCCCUAUUUGAGACCGAAUUUAGGCCUCCAAGAUGUUUAAAAAAUUCGAUGAAAAGGAAAGCGUGUCCGGCAUGCUACAGCUCAAAUCUUCUGUCCAAAAGGGGAUCAGAUCUAAGUUGGUGGAGUGCUACAAGGAUCUCGAAGAUUACAUUGAUGUUAUUCUGCCCAAAAAAGACUCAUUACGUAUAGUAAAAUGCCACGACCAUAUAGAAAUUAUUAUUAAUUCUGCCGGAGAGCUAUUAUUCUUCAGGCAUCGAGAAGGGCAGUGGAUGCCCACAUUGAAACUCUACCAUAAAUUUCCAUUUUUUUUACCGAUGCAACAGGUUGAUAAGGGUGCAAUUAAGUUCGUUCUCAGUGGGGCCAAUAUAAUGUGUCCUGGUUUGACAUCUCCAGGUGCGAAGAUGACUGAAGUUCCCAAAGAUACUGUUGUGGCAAUUAUGGCAGAAGGCAAAGAACAUGCUUUAGCAAUUGGAAAGACUACUUUAUCAACAGAAGACAUAGCAAAAGUUAAUAAAGGAAUAGGGGUUGAAAACUGCCAUUACCUGAAUGAUGGACUUUGGCAAAUGAAACCGAUUAAGUAAUCUAUUUUGUAUAAAUAAACGUAUUCAUAAAU